ACUGCGUGGUGGAGGUCAGAGCUGGGUGUUUCACCCAAACCGCGAUCAAAAAUCUGUCCUUUAACUAUAGAGUUAAAUAUUCGCUAUUCAAUUAAAAAGUUUAGUUAUUGGUUCUGUAUACAGUCUCUGAAAGGCCCUGUCGCCGCCGCUCUGCCUGAUUUACUCGUAUAGCUAUCUGUAUUUAAGGUUAGCAUUAGUUUUGGUAGCAUCAGGUGAGGUGUCUUUGGCCUGUCACUGUGGGGAUCAUGGAUAACAGCAGCCCGGGCUCAGGCGCUUAUAAAGCGGGAUUUGGUGGCAUUUUUGGUGGUGGAGCCUCUGAGUAUUCCAGCACGGCGCUGGCUGGAGUACCAUUGACUGGAAUGAACCCGAUCUCACCCUACCUCAACGUUGACCCUCGCUACCUCGUUCAGGAUACAGAUGAAUUUAUAUUGCCAACUGGAGCAAACAAAACCCGUGGCCGCUUCGAGUUAGCCUUCUUCACCAUUGGAGGAUCCUGCAUGACUGGUGCUGCUUUCGGAACACUGAAUGGGCUUCGUCUGGGCCUGAAGGAGACGAGAGAUAUGGCGUGGUCAAAACCCAGAAAUGUACAAAUUAUAAACAUGGUCACACGGCAGGGAGCAUCAUGGGCUAACACAUUAGGAUCAAUAGCUCUGUUGUACAGCGCGUUUGGUGUAGCUAUAGAAAAGGCAAGAGGAGCAGAAGAUGAUAUUAACACAGUAGCUGCUGGCACGUUAACAGGAAUGAUGUUUAAAUCCACAGGUGGUCUAAAAGGCGUUGCCCGAGGAGGCCUUGCUGGAUUAGCAAUAUCAGGAUUGUACGCCCUCUACAGCAACUGGGAUCACCUCAAAGGCACGACUCCGAUCCAUUAUUGAAAAGGACACUGAAAACAAACCAUAGACAUUUUUACUCUAAAGCUUAUCCUUAUAGCUUUUGUUUCAUGUAUCAUUAUAGAGGGCAACAGAAUGGCCAAAAGUUUGGGAUCCUUGGACCACAUAUUUAGUAUAGGCUUCACUCAUAGAGUAUAUGUUGUGUGAUUAUGUAUAAUCAAAAAGCAGAAUUCAGCCAAGUAAAAUAUAGUUAAAAUAUAUGAUGUACAUGCAUAAUCAUAUCAGGCUGCGUUAUCUCUUGGCUGACUGAAGCAUCAUGAAGUUUUAUUUAAUUUCCAUGGUUAGGGCUUUAUAAAUAUAUAUAUAUAUUUUACCUUUUGACAGAUUUCACCACGUUUAGAGGGUUUAUGGUACCCUUUAGCACACUUAGCAUACUCAUCCAAUAUUGACAGGAGAGAAGAGUAUGUAUAUGUAGAUCAAAAUGGUCUUCAAAUAAAAGUCUCUUCUCCUGUUAUGGUUACAGGAGAUCUAAUGUAUUUCAGAAAUUACAGUCAUUGUCCUUGUAAUAGUUUAAAAUAUUUCUUUUUUUAAUUAUUAUUAAUAACCUUCUAAAUAUUGAAUACAAAAUUGGUAAG